UCACCCAAGUGUUCCUCACCAGUCGCCAGUCACCAUGACUGUGAGAUCUCCCGCGCCCAAUCUCCAAGAACCCAAGAACGGUAGCUGCAGAACAGACGCAAAUAUGUACUUUAUUCGUCACAAAUUCCCACGAGGGUUCUCUCAAUAUUACUUUAAUAGAAAAGUAGAGGACGCGCGUGUGGUUGAUGCUCUGCAGCUCAGCUACAACAAUCCUAGGCAGUAUGAACUGGUGCUCUUUCAACGGCCGCUGGAGAAGCGGCGAGAUCAGGCGAAUACUUUUCCUACUGUUCCUGGGUCAGGUUGUCUCCUUUGCACUUGCACUUGCCAGCUUCACUUCAUCUCUCAUAGCCAAUCUUGGUGUUGAUGCGCCUUGUUCUCAGACUUUGUUUGGUUACUUAUCUUUGGCUUUGGUUUAUGGGAGUGUUUUGCUGUAUAGGCGUCAGAAACUACUGGUUUCCUGGUAUUGGUAUCUCCUUUUAGGUUUUGUCGAUGUUCAAGGCAAUUAUCUUGUUAACAAAGCAUACCAGUUCUCAUCAAUAACCAGUGUGACAUUAUUGGACUGUUGGACAGUAGCAUGGGUCAUAGCCAUGACGUGGUUCUUCUUAGGCACUCGAUACUCCUUAUGGCAGUUAUUUGGUGCAGUCAUCUGUGUGACUGGCCUAGGCUUAGUGCUCAUCUCUGAUGCAGGGGUGGGUGGUGAAGGGGGUUCACGGCCUCUGCUAGGGGAUAUACUUGUCAUUGCAGGGACAAUUUUCUUUGCAAUGAGCAAUGUUGGUGAGGAAUUUUGUGUUAAGAAAAAAGAUCGUGUUGAAGUGGUUUCUAUGAUUGGUGCUUAUGGAUUUCUAGUGACUGUGGUUCAGGUAUCUAUACUGGAGCUAAAGACUCUGGAAUCAGUUGAGUGGUCUGCAGAUAUUAUAUUAGCCUUUGCUGGCUAUGCUCUAGCAAUCUUUAUGUUCUACACCCUUGCUCCUUUUGUCCUCAAGUUAAGUGGAGCCACAAUGUUCAAUCUGUCUCUCCUAACAUCUGAUAUGUGGGCAGUUGUCAUUCGCAUUUUUAUCUACAAACAGCAGGUGGAUUGGUUAUACUAUCUUGCUUUUGCACUUGUCAUUAUUGGACUCAUCCUUUAUUCAACAACUGAGAAGGAUCCUGUUCCUUUACUAGCUCUUGAGGAUGGAAACUCCAGUGGACAGUACGAAGUGCUUACUGAGGAAAGUGAAGCAUCUAGAAAUGAGUCUUUGGCUUCAUGAGGGGCAAGGCAGCCUGCAGUAUAACUCGAGUUUUAUAUCCCAAUGGUGCCAUGAUAAAUUAUGAGUAAUCACAUUGAAGCUUGAGUAUUAACAAUUUUAAGAAAGACUGAUAUGGUUUACCUUCUCGGCAGGUGUUGAAGUACUGAAAUACACUUGUACUUUACCAAUCGCAAUUGUUGUUAGAGCAUAUGUGGGCUUGUCCCACAUUGGUUAAGAAUGAAACCCGUUCUUCAUUACCGCUCCAUAAAUAGAGUGCUACUCUUAUGUAUUCAAUAAUUUAAUAAAAGCAAGAUCUAGCCUCCAAGGCUUUUAAUGUGUG